UUGAUUACCGCCGGGAGCUGAGCGCGCCUCGUCGAAACGCAGCGUCGGACACGUUGACCAGCGACGCACAAAGAUCAGGGAGGAGAAGAAAGGACGAAUGCCUUUAUUUACCGAGAUAUGUUAGUUUUAUGUAUAUUUUCAACGGAAUAACUUGUCUUCGUGCCUCCGAGCGGUCGCUCUCCCCCAUGAAGCGGCAUAGGAGCGUUAUAUAAGGCGGAUAACAGUCCGAGAUGAGAGCGCGUCUCUGACAGCGUAGCGGCAACAAUAGCCUGGCCCCGGGCCGCGUGUUCCUGUGUGUGCGCUUGGUUUCAACCCGCUAACACCACCGCCGCCAAUGCUGCUCCAUCCACUGCACUGCCCGUCUGAUUUACUGUAAACUAGGCGGCUAACCUGCCGCGGAUGAUCCGUGUGCGCGGCGGAAUGAUGAGCAGAAUGAACCUCCAAGAUGAGGCAGAUGGGUCAGAUUAACGCCACGAAAUUCUUCCUGUAAUUUGGCGUGGUUAUAAUCUCCAUAUACAUUUUAAUUACCGCCUCUGGUCUGAUCUGGCACUGAAGAUUUUUCCAUUAAAGAGUUCUAACCCCCAAAAAUGGGCCCAUGUCUCAAUUUGGAAAACAAAGAAUUAGGCGCCUGAAGAGGGGAUAAGCUUAUUAGAUAAGCCUGCUGUGCUUUAUUAAGUCAACAAGCCUGGUGAGCGGUCAGUCUGGACUCCCUCUGCCCCUCUGCUGGAGGCAUCUCUUCCGGAUUUUACCUUCUCUGUUGUCACAGCCACGCACCACGAUGGGGAGCGAUGCCGGGGGCGCCGGGCCGGUGGAAGUGGAGCCGAUGCCGGGGUACUGGGAACUCAUCACCAGUGGCUCCGGUGUCAUGCUAGGCGCAUGGAGAGACUGUAGCGACUGCGGUCUGGAGCUCUCCAAACAGACUCUCCUGGAUAACGCAUACAUCACCUGGACCGAAAUCGCCCUGUUUUUCUUUUGCGCCUUUUUGUGGACGAUGAUCAGGAAGGGGCUGACAGUAAGUCUGUUUAAGCCUCUUGCGCGGUGGUGCAUGCUGUUGCCCAAAGAUGCUGCCAAGAUGCCAGAGAGUGCGUGGAAGCUGGUCUUCUACACCAUGUCGUGGUCCUACAGCACUUACCUGCUCUUCUUCUCAUCCUACUCCUUCUUCCAGGACCCACCCUCUGUCUUUUACAACUGGGCGAGUGGAAUGACAGUGCCUACAGACAUCGCCAUAGCCUACCUGAUCCAGGGCAGCUUCUACGGCCACUCCAUCUACGCCACCAUCAACAUGGACACAUGGAGGAAGGACUCUGCUGUUAUGGUGGUGCAUCACAUCAUCACCCUGGCUCUAAUUAGCUUCUCCUAUGCCUUCAGGUACCACAACGUAGGCAUCCUGGUGUUAUUCCUGCACGAUAUCAAUGAUGUCCUGCUGGAGUUCACCAAGCUCAACGUCUACCUGAAGUCCAGAGGAGGUGGCAAUCAUCUGCUCAAUGACAUGCUGUCCAACAUGGGCUCCGUCAGCUUUAGUAUCACUUGGUUCUGGUUCCGUCUCUACUGGUUCCCUCUGAAAGUGUUGUACGCCACAUGUGUGUCCAGCAUCCAGUCUGUCCCCAGCAUCCCCUUCUACUUCUUCUUCAAUGCCCUGCUCUUCGCCCUGCUGCUCAUGAAUAUCUACUGGUUCCUGUUCAUUGUGAUUUUCAUCGUGAAGUUGCUAAAGGUGAACGAGGUGAAUGAUGUCAGGGAGUACGAGGACGAGGAUGCCAGGAAGGCAGCAGAGGAACUGCUAAAGGACCCUCAGGUAGAAAAUAAUGAUGACGAUGAUGCUGGACAUCACAACUCAGCCAAGAGAAAGCACGUACAGAACGGGGUUACCAAGGACAAGUAUCUAUAACAGGCUCUCCAGUGCCACCACCUGGUUCUGGACUGCAUGCGCAGGCCCUCCUCGGACAGCAGAUGUUCAAAACUCGACCGAAUGAGAAGAGCAUCACAACCACAAAACAAAACAAAAGGAAGAAACAUAAAAGGAAGGGAACGUUAGGGUACCAUCAGUUUUUAUUUUGCAUUGUUCUAGAGCAUUUUAUUUUCUGUUUUAUUUUUUUUUAUUUUAUUUUAUUAGAGCACUGUGAAUGUUAUUUCAGACGACUUUCUGUCUUACUGUUGUCACUUAACAUUUGAUAGAUCUAGUAGAAGCAGGGAUGGAUCGGCGGGGCAAGGAACAGACUAGACCUGUUCUGUUUUCUUCGAAUAACCUUUAGGAACCAAGGGAACAAGCAACAGCAGGAUCAUGUUGGGGUUAUUUGUCAAUUAGUUUUCCCUCCAACUUCUUUAGCUUCCAUCCAUCCGCUCUAAUUUAUCAUAUGAGAAGAAAUGAAUGAUUAUCACUUUUAAUCCUUCAUCUGCUUCCCAGCUUCCUGCAUACAUUCCUUUAAACUGAGAGGCCAGUGGCAUGGUUUGCAUGUUUUAGGAUGUCAAAAGCGUGCCUGCAGCUUUUAAAGUAACAUAAAUCCCGAUCUUUCACUGAUCGUUCUGACUUAUGAUCCACAUGAACUUUGAAUAUUCACCUGGAUUCCUCCAUGGAAUCGCUCCUUUUUCUUUUUAUUGUCGUCUUGUCUCGGUAUGUGCUGCAGAGCAUCUGUUGCUGCACUGACAUGAAGGCAUACAAUCUCAUUGCUGGUUUAAUGAUAGCAAACAGCUAGAAUUGAUUGACUGGGUCUCAGCAUGGUCAGGGUAAUUUAAUUUGUUUGACAGAAAGAGAUUUUAAAUCAUUUUCAUUGUAUUCAGGUGAUGGACACAAUGUCUACAAUCACUCUAGUAUUCAGGAAUGCAUGAAGUCAGAAUGAUUUUGGAAAUGUGCAAUGAAUUUUUCACAAAUAAAACUGAUCCUAGAAGUGACUAAAAUCCAAACAUACAAAUCAGUGUUUUACAGAUUUUUCCAGCGGCACCUAAACGCGUCUUUUAGACAAAUGUGAUCAAACACACACAGUGGGGAAGAUAAGUAUUAUCAGUUUUUUUCAGUAAAUGUGUUUGUAUUGUGUUGUCGACAUUCAAUUCACGUCAGAUUUCAGUAACAACCCAACUAAUCCACACAUGCAAAGAAAUAAACAUGAAUUAGUCCAUGUGUUGUAAAGUGGAGCAACAGAAGUAUUGAAUAUAUUAAGAAAAUGGGGUUAUUAUUAUUCAUAAAACAAUCCUGCUCCUAUCAGUUCAAACUAAUAUCAACGCGUUUAGUCCUAAUUGAUGUCCUCUAAUAAGGUCGCUCAAAUAAAAGGGUCUCAUGAUCUUUGCAGCCUUAUUAUAGCAAAACAUACUGAUGACAUUGGUUACAGACGAGAGAAGAGACCUCACCAGAACCUUCAUGAUUUUUACACAGUUUAUUUGGAAGAAUGGGUCACAAUCAGGCCUGAGCAAUGCAUGAUACAGGUUUCUCCAUACAGAAGAUGUCUUGAAGCUGUCGUUAACAAAACAAGCUGUUCUGCUUAGCAUUAAGUUGAUUUCAGAAAACAAGUUAAAUAUUUAGGAUUAUUUUACUUUAUUACAUUUAUAUAAAAUUUGACCUAUGUAGUUAUUACACAUAAUUUAUGAACAAUUUGUUUUGUAAUUUUCUUAAAGGUUGUUACCCACAUCAGGUGUGGAUGUCAAUAGUCACAUUUUAAAUAUGUAUCAUAAUAAUGCUGCUGUGUUCGAUACUUAUCUUCCCAGCUGUACAAGAUGCACAUUUAAAGACCAGAAAAUUUUGGAUCUUAAAUAGAUUUCAAAAAUGUAACCAUACAUUGAAAACCUAAUACAAAGUUACUGCAUGCACGUUGAAGAAAAUGAGGAAUGUUUCUCCUCUGUCUACCUUUUCGAUCAAAUUCCAGCUCUUGUCUGGAUGAACAGCAUGUUUGUGCUGCUUGAGCAGGCUGCAGAUGUUGAUAAUCCGUCUGGGAUUUUAUUUCUGUCUUCCAUCGUCCUCAAAUCAGUGUUUCAGGAAAAUCGAAGUUCAAUUUUACUUCAAAUCAUGACUAUUGUUGCUGUAGUUCAUUUGUUGUUUGUAUUUUUGUUUUUUGUUGAAAUGCUGCUGUUUUUAUCUGUGAGAGCACUGUUUCUAUUCCAGAUGUUGCAGGUUUUUCUUUCCCUGCUGAUGUCGAUGACAGUCAUGCUAUCAGGGGACAAUUGCUCACCUCUAUUACCAACAUCUAGAUUCAGCCUCUAAUCUGUUUCUGAUAAUCAUGCUCGUAUUACUGUAAUCCAUCUGUGCUUUAAACAACACGGUCCGUCCAACAUGUUGCCCACCUUCCUGCUCAGUUCUGAUACUCCGCAGUAAUAACUGUGAGUGUGGUAAACCCUGAAAUCUGUGAUUUGGAUAAAGAUGAUCUUUCACUACAUCAAAAGACUUUGACACAAUGAGCAAACAACAAAGUUUCUAUAGAAGAGGGCACCAGGUAUCCAGAUCACUGUUUACAUCCUGGUUUCUAUCAUUGUAGCGCCAUAGGGUUUGCUAGCUUUUGUGGACAUUUUUUAUCAGUAAGCUUUUGUUGGACUAUGGAGACACUGGCAUUGGUAUGCUGUUUAUGAAUU